AUGCGCUCCCACGACAUAGACUACCUGACUCCGGCUGAGUUGGACGCCAUUCUUCAUCAGAUCAACACAAACAGCCUCAUCCAACUGCUUCCCUCAGACGAGGCUCGUUUCACCUCAGUCGUCUCUACGAGCAGCGGUCCAGGCAAGCCGGCCUCUCUGCCCAGCGACCAGGUUUGGUCGUCUCUGCCCACCCCUAGAGGAGUACAAGCCCGCUUCGUAGGUCUGAACGAGGAGAAAAGCAGAUGUGGAGAUGUCUGCGGCAAAGGUGGCCAACGAUUCUUCAGCACAGUUACAGCGGCUCCCGAUGACCCAUCGCGACCAACACUAAAAAGGCAGAGCAACACAGCAUCCCAGUUCACUCAAACCGAAUGUCCCAUUCUCCAGGCGGGGACUAGGGGUUUAGGAGCCCGUGAACACGAUGCUCGUCUUCCGACGGGCAGCAGCGGUGACUCAGGAAACGAGUCCUCUUCACUCUCCUCUAAACUCGUGAUGCCGUCAUCCGGUAGCGAGGCUUUCGGGGAGGCUGGAGUCGGCGUCAGAGACACGUAUCCACCUGCCAUCAACAAUCCAGCAGAACUCUUCCCACGAAGGAUCCAAUCGGGCUUGACGACAGCCAACCUUCCACUCUUCACUAUUUCCGCUCAGUUGGCCCAGGAAACCGGCAAAAUGGGACGUUUUGAGAAGACCCAAACAAACGACAGUCGACGGAGGCAUCUUCUGCACGCGGAUCAGGCGGUGAACGCAUUCUUCGGCAACAAGGAUGAAACCAACCUCUGCAUGCAGCAUAGGCCAGUUGUAGUCGGGUUGAGGCCAGACGAGGCCUUGAGUCGAAAAGAAAAGGAGAAUGGUACCGACAUGUCCAUAAAAGGCUCCUCAUCCGCGGGAGUGCAAGAAGAGCCGAGGUGGCCUGUGGACGAAGCGAAAAGCAACGAAGAGAUUAAAGAAACUGUCGAUCGGCCAGCCUACUGCAAGCCGGACACUACAGUGAGAACAAGUGUAAGCAAUGAUACAGUUGAGCCGAAAAUCGCCUUUGUCUGUUUGGAGUCUGUGUCAAAUGAGCGUGAUUGUUAUCACAAAUACAAAGGACAAUAUCCUGUUUCGUCCGGUCUGGUAGCCGUUGAUCAUAGCUUUGAAAUGCUGGCUUGA